AUGAGAUACGAUUUGAUUCUUGCCGCCGGCGCCACUCUGGCACUGGCCGUGCCCCAGGGCAUCUCCAAGCGGGCCGGAGGCUUUGUCUGGUUCGGCGCUAGCGAGUCUUGCGGAGAGUUCGGCGAGACUCACCUGCCUGGUGUGCUGGGAACCGACUACACUUGGCCUGAUCAGUCGGCCAUUAAGACACUCUAUGAUGGGGGCAUGAACAUUUUCCGAGUGCCAUUCCGGAUGGAGCGAUUGAUUCCAACCUCAAUGACGGCCAGCCCGGACGCUGCUUACCUGCAGGGACUCAAGAGCACUGUCAACUACAUCACCUCCAUUGGCGCGCAUGCCAUCAUUGACCCUCACAACUAUGGCCGAUACUACGGCAACAUCAUCACCUCGACCAGUGACUUCAAAGCAUUCUGGACGACCGUGGCCAAAGAGUUUGCCUCGAACGACAAAGUCAUCUUUGACACCAACAAUGAGUUCAACACCGAAGACCAAUCUGUCGUCUACGACAUGAACCAAGCCGCCAUCGACGCCAUCCGCGCUGCCGGUGCGACCUCGCAAUACAUCUUCGUUGAAGGAAACUCGUGGACUGGUGCCUGGACCUGGGUUUCCGUUAACUCAGGGCUCGGCAACCUGACCGACCCUCAGAACAAGAUCGUCUACGAGAUGCACCAGUACCUUGACUCGGACGGCUCCGGCACCUCUGGCACCUGCGCCAGCUCCACCAUCGGCAAGGAGCGCGUUCAGUCCGCUACUCAAUGGCUCAAGGACAACAACAAGCUUGGAUUCUUGGGUGAGUUCGCGGGUGGCGCCAACUCUGUCUGCCAGACUGCCAUCACCGGAAUGUUGGACUACAUGCAGGAUAACAGUGACGUCUGGCUGGGCGCCUCGUGGUGGGCGGCCGGACCGUGGUGGGGCAACUAUUUCGCCUCGAUGGAGCCCCCUUCAGGAGCAGGAUACGCAUACUACUUUAAGAUCUUGUCGGCGUACUUCCCAUCUUCGAGCUCGGGCGGUGGCUCGGGAGGUUCGACCACGGCGACCACCACCGCUGCUCAGACCACGACCACCAAGGCACCCGUGACGACCACCAAGACCACCACUACAGCCGCACCGGCCACGACGACCGCUGGCGGUGCGACAGCCGGACACUGGGCGCAGUGCGGUGGCGUUGGCUACUCGGGACCCACGGCGUGUGCGAGCCCGUACACCUGCAAGAAGCAGAACGACUACUACUCGCAGUGUCUGUAA